UUCGGGCUGCAGCAGCUCAACUGUUGAGACGGCACCGACGCGUUGAAGAAGAAGAAGAAGAAGUUGGGGGGGAAUCAUGUUUGUUAAAAUGUAAACGCACGUGUCUGGAAACACUCGUGUUCCCACCGGGAGAACAAAGAUGGACCCUCUUGUGAGGAACACCCAGGAGAAGAAGAAGAAGUUGUGGCUCCGCGGUCUGCUCUGGGGGUCGCUCCUGCUCGAGCUGGCGUCGGGAGCUUCCUUCUACGGCGACGGCUUUGUGCAGCUCAAGGCGGCCGAGUCGUCCGACCGCAACGAGCUGCGCCUCCGCUUCCGAACCUCCGGCGCCGACGGCCUGCUGUUCCUGGCCGCCGGCCAGACCAGAUACUUCCUGCUGGAGCUCCACGCCGGUCGCCUGCAGCUGAAACUGGACCUUGGAUCGGGGGAGGUGGUGGUUCAGUCGGAAAGAGGCACCCAGCUCAACGACCUGGCUUGGCACUCUGUGGAGGUCCGCCAUGUGCUGCACAACGUCACCGUGACUGUCGACAAGAACUCUCACACGGAUAUAACGAUGCCGGGCGCCAAUCACGAUCUCUCCAUUUCGGAUGGGCUCUACGUCGGAAGCUCGGGAGGCCUGGACAGACUUUACCUCCCCAGAGACCUGAUCAGCUUCCGAGGCUGCAUGGACGAAGUGGUCUUCAACAAACACGACUUGUUGUCAUCGCUGAGGCCGUAUACCGGAUUCAAGAAUGUCCACGAGGUGUCUUUAGGCUGCAGUCCCCAAUUCUUUGCCACCGAGGAGGACCCCAUCAGCUUCUUCAGCUCCAGGGCUUACGUUUCUCUUCCAACUUGGGACGCCCAGCAGGAAGCGGUAUUCGAGUGUGUUGUGCACUCUUCAGCCAAAGAGGGAAUUAUCUUGUACAAUUCAGCCAGAGAGGGGGACUUUGUUGCUGUGGAGAUUCAGGAAGGUUUGCCGGUGGCCAUUGUUGGGAAGGGUGGAACCAAAACCGAGCUUCGAUCACUCACAUUCAUCAAUGAUAGGAAAUGGCAUUCGGUCAAGUUGCAUUUCAGCUCCAAAAGCCUUAAGCUUACUGUUGAUGGCGAGAUGGUGAAAAGCAGCAUUCCCUCUCGUUUAAAGGGGCUUCAUCUUAAAGGUUAUCUGUUUGUUGGAGGAAUCGACGAUGGCACCAGAUCAGAAGUCAGAAAGGUGGGACUUGCCUCUGUGUCUGGAAAACGUGUCAGAGGAGGUUCCUUCAAAGGAUGUGUGAAGAAUAUUGAAGUCAAUGGAGUGAAAACGGGUCUCUCCAAAGCCGUAGUCACUAAGGAUAUUUCAGUCGGUUGUGACCCAGAAAAAGAACCGGAACCCUCGACCACUGCGAGUCCAACGAGUGCUCCGGUACCCCUCUUUCGCUUGGUGACACUAACACCGUCACUUCACACGUCCACCCUCGCAUGGGGCUUGGACAGAAAGCACGGCUCGAAUUUUGUGCAGCUCAAAAACCUUGUGGUUCAGGAAGGCAGUCGAGCGUCUCUCGAGGCCAAACACAUCAAGGUGGUCCUGGACUUCAAGAAGCUUGGCAUUCGACAGUCUCAGAUCAUUUUCCAAAUUCGGGUACAACCAAUUUAUGGUCAGAUAAGGCUUGAUGUUGACCAGGACCAAGAGGAGAACACCUUCAGCAUGUUGGACCUUUGGCACGGACGAGUGAUGUAUAUCCAUGGAGGCUCCGAGGAACCGGAUGACUUCUUCAUGCUUUCCAUGUAUUGUAGCAGUAGAAAGCAAGUUCCUGAUUAUCUGAAAAGCGACAAAUUGUACCGCUACAAUAUUACCGUGACACCCACCAACGAUGCACCUGAAUUGAGUCUCCCAGAGGGAAAUCUCUUUGUCCUGUUAGAGAACUCAAAGAAACUCCUCACCACCGAUAUCCUGAAAGCCACAGACAUUGACAGCAGCGACGCCGACCUCGUCUUCUCCGUGCUUGGCAACCUGAAUGCUGAUGCAGGAUAUCUGGAAAUCGAAAACAACCCUGGCAAGGCUGUGACGGCAUUCUCAUAUUUAGACUUUGAGGAACUGAAGGUGUCCUAUGUUCACGCAGGGGUUCGAAACUCAAGGUUAGUUCUUAGAGUUAGCGAUGGGGAAAAGGUCAGCAACACGGUGGUCCUGAGGGUCAUGGCGGUAGCGCUGGAGUAUACUAUUGCCAACAACACAGGCCUUGAGAUCAUUCAAGGAGAGUCGGCUAUACUCGGUUUAAAGCAGCUGGCCGUGCAAACCAAUGCCGUGAAACAAGUCGUAGACAUCCGAUUUGAUAUAAUUGAACCCCCUCAGUAUGGAGAACUCCAACGGCUUCACUCCAGCGGCGAAUGGAGGCUAACCGACUCAUUUUCCCAAAGGCUUCUUGAAAAACAGAGGCUGAGAUAUGUUAGCACCUAUCAAGAAAUCCAGACCUCCAACGCCACCGAUUACUUUCGGAGCAAAGUUAACGUGGCUGCAAGGGCCACCACUGAAAUACUCUUCCCGAUCACUGUGAAGUGGGUGAAGUACCACCUGGCGAGGAAUGUUAUGAUCGACUUGGAUAAAGUUAGAAGAGUGACACUGGACUCUGAGUGUCUUUUGGCCACAGCUGAAGGCGUGGCCCUCUUGGAAGAAGACAUUCAUUACCGCGUUCUCACCACGCCAAAGAAAGGGAAACUCCUGCUUGUCGCCACAGUCUUGGGGAAGAACUCAACCUUUAGCCAAAAAGAUGUGACCAGUCUAAAAUUACAUUACGAGCUUGUUGACAGGCCUUACAAAGAUACCAGCGACCGGUUUAAAUUUCAGCUCGUUUCUAAACACGCUCAGUCACAAUAUUAUGACUUUCGGUUUUCCAUUAAAGCUGACGUCAACAGCGUGUUUAUGAGAAAUGACGGACUCUCACUACAGGAGGGGGAAAGUAAACUUAUUACAAAGGACCACCUGUUCGCAGAGACUUUGAGCACAAAGGAUAUGUACUACACGGUAAUAAACAGCCCUGAACACGGGAAGCUGGCCCGAAUUAGCCAGUCAAAUUCCAACGCCAGCUACGACAAGAUCUUAACCUUCAGUAACCAGGAUCUAUUGGAGGAGCGGAUCAUGUACAUCCACGAUGACAGUGAAACAACGCAAGACAAAUUCACUUUCAUAGCGUCCACCAGCCAAGGGUUCAAAUCCUCGAUCACAGCAGACGACUUUGGCUGCAAAGACGGUGUUUUCAACAUAACUAUUCGGCUGGUCAACGACCAAAAGCCCGUACGUGUUAUUGAUAAAGUGUUCCAUGUAGUGAGGGAUGGACAGAGGAUACUCACUCUGGAGGAUUUGCGUUACCACGAUGCAGACUCUGAUUUCGAUGACGGACAGUUGGUUUACACUCGACGUGGAAUCCCGAUGGGAGACCUGGUGCUGGUUAACGACACCACUCAUCGGCUAUUCCAGUUUCGACAGAAGGACUUGGAGGAAAAGCGAGUGCUGUUCAUUCACAAGGGCGUGAGCGCCGGCCGGUUCGUGCUCUUCGUCUCGGACGGGAAGCAUUUCGUAUCGAGCCUUUUAGACGUCAGCGCGCAUGACCCCUUCCUGAGGGUCGGCAGCAGCACCGGCCUGCUGGUUCAGAAGGGCCGGUCCGUCACCUUUUCCACCAGUAAUUUUAGCGUUGUGUCCAAUUUGGACAUCAGAGAUGACCAGGAGGUCAUCUUCAAGCUCGAUGGGGCUCCGAAGUACGGCGGACUUUACCGCAAUGGGUCGAAGGUGGAGUCGUUCUCGCAGUCGGACUUUAAGGGCGGGCUGAUCGCCUACCGCCACGACGACAGCAGGUACCUCGCGGACUCUUUCAACUUAACGGUGAACGCUAAAGGUCUCCAACUUGCAGCGAGGAUCAACGUGAAGGUGUACCUGGAAAGUCAUCAGAGACCACCCAUUGUGAUGCAUCACAACCUGCUGCUGGUGGAGGAGGGGAAACCAGUGAAGAUCAGCGAAGCUAAACUAGAGGUCACCCACGAGGACAACCUGCCAUCCGAGAUCGCGUUCACUGUCAAGGUGGCCCCGUCUCACGGCUUUCUCCGGCUGUUUGUCGACGCGGAGGAGCGCUACGUCGGAACCCCGCAGUCCCCCGUCGGCACGUUCACCCAGGAGGACGUUAACGCCGGGAACGUCCAGUACGUGCAGGAGGAGCCCGACAGGGCGAACGACACGUUCGUCCUGGAGGCCACCAACGGGGUGACGGACGUCGACGGCAUCAGGAUGUCCGUGGACAUCAUCCCGCGCCUCAUCCCGCUACGGGUCUCCAAUUUCACGCUGAACGAGGGCGCGUCCAAGGCGCUGACACCGGACGUGCUCAAAGUCACCAACCGGCACUUUGCGGGAAUCGACUUCCUGUAUAGUCUGACCGAGCCCCCGCGGCACGGCCACGUCGAGCAUUCUCGACACCCCGGCGUGGCCAUUACCUCCUUCACCAGGCGGCAGGUAGAGUACGAAUUCAUUUACUACGUCCACGACGGCAGCGAAACCUCAGCCGACUGCUUCACCGUGACGGCCAACGACACGGGCCUGAGGAAGCAGAGCGCGGCCCAGACGGUGCACAUCCAGGUCUCAGCUGUCAACGACGAGCCGCCUGUCAUUACAGCCAACAGGGUCCUCAGGGUGUGGGUGUCCUCGAUGACGGAGAUCCGGCCGGAGGAUCUGAGAGCGCAGGACCUGGACACCCCCCCAGCGGGGCUCCAGUUCAUGGUGACCCCGGCCAGCAAUGGCCACCUGGCCCUGAAGAGCGCCCCCAUGAGGGCGGCGCUCAACUUCACCCAGGAGCACAUCGACCAGGGCCAGCUGCUGUUUGUUCACAAAGGUGCCAUGUCGGGGGGAUUUAACUUCCAAGCCAACGACGGCGUGAACUUCACUCCCAGGCAGAUCUUCAGCAUCACGGCCAGAGCCCUCGUUCUGAGUUUAGAGAGAAACCGUCCGCUCAAAGUGUUUCCAGGCUCUUCUGCUCCAAUCACAAGUGAGGGUUUGCGAGCAGUGACCAAUGACGUCAGCAACACCUCCGACCGAGUCAUUACGUUCAGUGUGAUUCGGCAUCCCAAACUGGGGCGCCUGGUGGCGAGGCAGCCGGAUAACUCCACGGUGGACGUCUCCAGUUUCACACAAGACAUGGUGGACAGGAAAGAGGUUGUGUACAUUCAAACCCCCGUCGAGUCCGUGGGCUGGGAAGCAAUGGACUCCGUGACAUUCUCGGUGGCGUCGCCGCCUGCUUCUCUGGACAGCCAGACCUUCAAAGUCGACAUUUCCUAUGAGAAUACGGGACCUGAACACAACACGGUGCUGCUGGCAAACACAGGCGCCGAGGUGACGGAAGGGGGCGGCGUCAUCAUCGACGAGUCCAAGCUGGACGCCACCAACCUGCUGUCCAAGCUGCCGACGCUUCAGCGCGGCGCCAGCGAGGUCUGGUUCCGGGUGACAUCGCUGCCUCGGCACGGCGUCAUCGUGGUCGGAGAGAGAAACCUCACCGAGGAGAAGCCCAACUUCUCCCAGUUCAUCGUGAACAAGUACGGUAUCACCUACAAGCACGACGACUCGGAGACGACUCGCGAUUCGUUCUCCUUCAGCGCCUGGCUGAAUCCGAAAGGCAAAACGGCGCAGCGCCCUCAGGACGACGCGGACGUCGUGGAGGAGCGCUUCAAUGUCACGGUCGUGCCGGUGAACGAUCAGCCGCCUUUGCUAAAAACCAAAGCGCCGAGUCUGAGGUUGGUCCAAGGGGACACGGUGGCCCUCGGGCCCUCGGAUCUGAAGGUUGAAGACUUGGACAAUCCUCCUGAGGAUAUUAAGUUCUCUGUGAUAAGCAAGCCAAACAAUGGUUACCUCGCUCUGGAAGGGAGUUUGGAUGAGUCGAUAGCGGCCUUCACCCAAGCCCAAAUCAAUAACGGGAGCGUCUAUUUCAUCCACGAUGGAAGCUCUGUCUCGGGGGUGUUCUACUUCAGUGUCACGGAUGGCCAUCAUAAACCGUUAUAUAAACUGUUCAACCUAGAAGUGACCAAAAUCACCAUUUCUCUGGUCAACCACACCGAGCUGACUCUGGAGCAGGGCAAGACGUCGGUGGCGCUGACCCGAGACAACCUUUCCGCCAGGACCAACGGGAAGAACAUCACCGUUGGCUACCGGAUCACAAAGCCUCCCACCUUUGGCAAACUGCUGAAGGACGACCGCGAGGCUGCGCUGUUCGAACAGCAGGAUCUGGAGGCUGGACGGCUGACCUACCACAUGCUCUCCCUCUCCUCUGCAGAGGACAGCUUUGAGUUCACUGCCUUCACUUCAGAGGCGAAUGUGACCGGCCUGGUGUUGACCAUCACCGUCAGACCGUUGAUCCGGGUCGGGAAAGGUUUGAGGAUUCCCAACGGGAUUGCGGUCAAACUCGACGCCAGCUUCCUCAACGCCUCCGAACUGGCCAAUGUCAGUGACGGUGACCCUGUAUUUGAGAUGAUCUCCCAUCCAAAGUACGGGAAGGUGGUUUGGACCAAAGCUAACGUGUCCAGGACGGUUGUCCCAGUCGAGACCUUCACCUUUCGGGACCUACUGCAGGAGAAGGUCGCCUUGGCGCUGAAUGCCAACAUGACCGGAGUCCAGGAGUUGAACGACUCGCUGGCGUUCGUCCUGAAAGCUCCGAACGUCCAGCCUGCGAAAGGAGAGUUCCUCUUUACGGUCGUGCCAUACGAUCCGGCGCUUUCCCCGACCACGGACAUCCCUGUCCCGACCACGUCGUCCGAUCCUCGGACACCGAUUCAGGCUUCCAGAAACGGAAGCGCUUCGCCGGUCCCGCCCACAGCUUUCUUCUCCACCCAGCAACCGAGCAAAAACCACCAAAAGUCCAAGGCGCGCAACCGCUGGGGGAACUCCAACCGAACAAGCAUGUUCAGCACGACUCUUGGCAAACCAACGCGCGGUCCGGAGGACUUUCCCUUCAGGAACACGCCCGUACGUGUCGAGUCCGACCCUCAAAGAACCUCCAGUCCGCUCCUGGUCAUCCUUCCUCUGCUGGCCCUGCUGCUGCUCGUCGUCAUCUUUGUAGUCCUGGUCGUCUUCCUCCGACACCACAGACGGAGGAAGCGGAGCACCGCCGCGCCUCACGGGCCACCUUCCGCUGGUGUCGCGAGCGCCGCGUCCUACCAGGGCCGACCCCAGAGGAGCGUGACGGUUCCCACCGUGACCGUCACGCCGUUGAACCCCAGGGGCCCAGGGAGCCCCGCGCUCGACCGGUCACCGAUACAGACUCGAGCCCCGGGGUAUGACACCAUUGACUCAAACAUGCUCAUAAGUUCUUGGAGUAACGGUUCCCUGGCGUCAUCCUCCCAAAUUAUUCGAACCGUCACCCCCACGCUGCAGAGGAACCAGUACUGGGUCUGAUCGUCCAUGAACCGAGAUGCGCUCGAUGCUGCUGCUGCGGGUGAAAUGUGGUUUUAAGCUUCCACGAUCCAGUUUAAAGCUGCAGGAAUCAAUAUUGUUUUAAUUGAUAGUCAAGCAGGUUCCAGUGUCUUGUGUAAUGUUUGCCUUGAAGUGACGCAUCCUAUUAUCACCCAACUGUGCAGCUCUAUGGACAUUUUUUUGGGUCUCAUUCAGCUCAUUGUUUUGGUUUUUAGUGCAUAACGGCAAACAUUUAGCAAACAAAAGAACCGGUGAAGAGCUGGGGAGAGUUCACCUCAUACGGCAUCCUCCGAUGGGAUGAUAACGCUCACUCUGUUGGCUUGAAACUUUUAAAAUACCAACUUUAUACCGGCUGCGUUGGCUUGUUGUUGUGCUCCUCUGCCCCCUAGUGGACGGACACGGCAGAAAGCCGUCACGCAGCUUUUGUGUUUUCAUGAGUUGCUCAGUAUUGAGUCAUCGUUGUGGUAAAUCUUAACCUGUGUCCGGUGCCUGAUGACAUCAUCACUCGCACUUGUUAUCUGGUCCUCAUGCACGUCGAAGUCUCUUGCAUUCUGGGUAAUGGUCGUCGGAGUGGAGGAGCCGUGAGGAACAAACUGUGAAUUACUGACACUGGUACAUAUAUGUAUAGUCUGAGCAGUUCAAUUGAUUUUGCAGGUUUUAUAUCAUUGAUAUAUUAGAGCGUAUUAACUUUCUGUAACUCAGGUAUUUUGUUAACAUUUACUUCAUGUUACCUUUUUAAACGAGGGUUGCACGCAUCAUUAUUAAUCGAGGUCUUUGUUUGACGUCCAUUGAAUAUGAUCCCAGCAUGGCUGUAUAUUGAAACGUUGAGUUUUGUACCACUAUUAAAAAACGUUAUUUAAAGGCCUGAUCAAAUGACACUGUUCAACUGAUAGCACUGUAUGAUAAAUGAUAUGCACAGUAUUUAUAUAUUAAGAAAAAUCAAGGCACUGAUCUUAAAAGAUGACACAGCACUACACUGGAUUGUACGGAGCUGCCCCUCCGUGCUCAGACGGUUUUCAUGUGUUCCAGCUGGUUAUGGGAGAUGAUUAAAAAACACUGAAAUAAUGUUACGGCAUCGUUUUGUACUGAAGAGAAACGUCGAUCAAGUGUAUUCCAGUCUCUCACCUGUAUGAUGUAACCUACCAUGUAAAGUCUUUAUAUUUUUAUUUAUACCAUAUUUUUAAUAAACCACUUUGAAACAUU